AUGAAAGCUAAGAAAUCCUCCAAGGCGAUCAAAUAUGUUUCAGCACUUGACCGUGCAAGACAGUAUCCUGCAGGGACCUUGCAAGCAGAUGGAGGCAGAGUCUUCUGUGCUUCCUGCAGUGUAACUCUGGAUGCACUGAGGAAGACCAAUAUAGAUCGUUAUUUAGAGUCUGAGGCACACAUGAAGUGGAAGGCUGUUGCAGAAGCUGAAAGUCAGAGCAAGAAACAAGCAACCAUGUCCUCCCUGUUUAAAAGAACCACAGAAAGUAGCUUGCAAAGGCAUGAGGCAGCAUUUUCCCCUCGUGGAGGCUUCAUGGCAGCAGACAUCCCACGGGAGAAAGUUGAUCACCCAAGUUAA